AUGUCUAGCGGUAUGACGAGCAUUGUAUCAAUCCUAAACAAUGACGACCACCCGUCGUUUGCAGUCCGGUCGAAUCCGAGACUCACCCGAACCAACACUUCGCCCUCGCAUUAUCCCCAGCAACAUCCUCAUCAGCUUCCUCCACCUAUAAGCGACCCUCAAUACGCCCGCCAUACUUCAUCCAAGUCACCUUCAGCAUCGCCACGAGGCACACGGCAUCUCUUCAACCCAGCAACAGAAUCAGGGCGGCCCACGUCACCGGGCUCUUCAGAUGGCUCCGCCUAUGACUAUCUCAGCAGUCAAGCCUCGUCUUCAGUAGCUUAUCACCCGUACGCCCGGCAGGACCUGCGACGGGAUCCCUUCCGCUACCCAUCUCGCGGGCCAGCCGCUCCACGAACACCGCCUGAGAUUCACGCAACGACAGCAACGGAUGCAAAGUCCCAGUCCGGCAACACUCGCGGGACGGGUCGUAAGAACAAGUACCCGUGUCCAUACGCCGCGAGCCAUGGCUGCUCGGCUACAUUCACGACAUCAGGCCACGCAGCUCGUCAUGGCAAGAAGCACACGGGCGAGAAGAGCGUUCACUGCCCUAUUUGCAACAAGGCAUUCACUCGCAAGGACAACAUGAAGCAACAUAUUCGCACCCACCGUACCCACUCUGACGAUAUGCGCUCUACACCUUCAGAGCCCGAUGCCGAGUCUCGAUGGGCCUUGGCUCGUCCUGAUUCGGGUUAUGCUGCUCAAGCUCAUAGUCGGACGGUGAGCCAGUCGACGGAUGCGAGUACGAUAAUGCCUCCCCCUAGCCAUGGAUCCCAUACACCUUCCUGA